AUGUAUGCGCUGCCACCGGCUGGACGCCUUGCUGAUGUCUUGUGGCUGUCUUUGCGCUUGCUCACUCUCCACAGGACCGCUUCAUCCACGUCCGACCCGGCGACGCUGCUUCCAUCCACGACCAACAUUGCCGGUCUCAAACGCAAGACUACAUGGGACCAGAGAACGGAGCAGAGGCGCAAGCAGGAGCUGGCCAAGAAGAAGGAGCGCGAGAUGAAGGCUGAGAAGGAGGCUGAAAAGGAUAGAAAGGCGCGCAUCCUCAAGGAACGCAAGGAGAAGGAGAGGGAGAAAGAACGAUUGGCGCAGAUGGCCCAAAAGAUGAGCGCCAAAAAGCUCGAGCGAAGGAAGAGGCGGAUGGGGUUGACCAAAAAGGUCGCGCAUUGA